CGUCCGUCCACCUCUGUCGGGGCCACCCCGUUUCCUGCGGCCUGUGGGACCGCUGUGGAGCGGGCAGAAGCCUCGGGACUGUAUCCAGCGUGUGUGUGGGGGUCAGAGUGCGCUCCCUCACGAGGGGAGCGGCGCGUUGCUACGUGAGAGGGAUGCGGGCACCGCCGCUCGCGGACGGGGGAGGCGCGAGUCGGAGCGCGUGCGAGCGCGGAGGGCGGGAGCGCGGAGGGCGGGGCGCAGCGCGAGCCGGGGAGAGGCGCGAGGGAGGCUCGCCGGGGAGCGAGCGCCCACUCCGCGUCCGAGCCCGGCGGCUGGCGGCGCGGGAGACGGCAGUGCGGCCGCACCCCCGCCCGCCCGCGGCAGCGAGGCAGCCGGGCGCCGCUCCCCCCCCGCGGCCGUGCGGGCUCCUGAGGAUGGAGGACUCUCGGGAGACGUCGCCGUCUUCCAACAACUCCUCGGAAGAGCUCAGCUCCGCGCUGCGGCUGUCCAAGGGCAUGUCCAUCUUCCUCGACAUACUGAGGAGAGCAGACAAAAAUGAUGAUGGAAAAUUGUCCUUUGAAGAAUUCAAAGCAUAUUUUGCAGAUGGUAUUCUGAGCGGAGAGGAAUUACAUGAGCUCUUCCACACCAUUGAUACACAUAAUACCAACAAUCUUGAUACAGAAGAACUAUGUGAAUAUUUUUCUCAGCAUUUGGGCGAGUAUGAGAAUGUACUAGCAGCACUGGAGGACUUAAAUCUUUCCAUCCUGAAGGCAAUGGGAAAAACAAAAAAAGACUACCAAGAGGCUUCCAAUUUGGAACAAUUUGUAACUCGAUUUUUAUUGAAAGAGACCUUGAAUCAGCUGCAGUCGCUCCAGAAUUCUCUGGAAUGUGCCAUGGAAACUACAGAGGAGCAAACCCGUCAAGAAAGACGAGGGCCAACCAAGCCAGAAGUCCUGUCAAUUCAAUGGCCUGGAAAACGAGCAAGUCGCCGAGUCCAGCGACACAACAGCUUCUCUCCCAGCAGCCCUCAGUUUAAUGUCUAUGGUCCAGGCUUACUGGAAGAAGAUAACCAGUGGAUGACCCAGAUAAAUAGACUCCAGAAAUUAAUUGACAGACUGGAAAAGAAGGAUCUCAAACUCGAACCUCUAGAAGAAGUUAUUGAAGGCAAUACUAAAUCUCACAUCAUGCUGGUGCAGCGUCAGAUGUCUGUGAUAGAAGAGGACUUGGAAGAGUUCCAGCUUGCUCUGAAACACUACGUGGAGAGCGCUUCCUCCCAGAGCGGAUGCUUGCGUAUUUCUAUACAGAAGCUUUCAAAUGAAUCUCGCUACAUGAUUUAUGAGUUCUGGGAGAAUAGUAGUGUGUGGAAUAGCCACCUUCAGACGAAUUACAGCAAGACAUUCCAAAGAAGCAACGUGGAUUUCUUGGAAACUCCAGAACUCACAUCUACUAUGCUAGUUCCUGCUUCAUGGUGGAUCCUGAACAACUAAGAUGUUCCUAAACGUUUUCUUUAUGGUUCCAAGUGAAAAACAAGUGUUCGUAUAUGAAGUGUGAAUUAGAAAAUUCCCUGUACUUAAUUUGCUCUAUACUUUUGUUUGAAUAUAUUUACCCUUAGAUGUGCACUCUUCUUAAAUUACUUUUGUAACUUUAUCUUUCAUGUGAAUUUUAGCUCAUCUUUCAAAGUUCACAAUUAUUGUCAAUAUUUGCUGAUAUGUUGUUACAUUGUAACCUAAAAUCUUUUAGUCACAAAAUCCUCAUGUGUGAAAAAGGCUACACAUAAAGGAAAAAAACUGUUACGAUAAAGAAAAAUAUUUAAAGUGAGAACUUUUAGUGUAUUAUCUCAUAGGAUAGCUUUUGUAGUUCUGUCAUAAACUAUAAAGGUUAAA